AUGCCCUGGACACCUGCUCUUCCAGCUGCGUUUUUGCUCUUCCUGCUUUUCCAGGGUACCCCAGCCCAGAAAGAUGUUACACAGGAGCCAGCUAUUCUCAUGGUUAAUGAAGGAGAGUCGGUCAACAUAACCUGCUCCGUUACUACCAAGGGGAUGCUAGUAGGGAUGUAUUUGAAAAAAGAAGUUGUAAAUGCCAUGGAAGUGCUAUACAUCACAAAUAAUGGUCAUACCCGUACCAUAGCCUUUCGCUACAAAGACCGCAUCGAGAUCUCCGUUCUCCAGACAGAUGUGAGGAUAACGCUGCACCAGUUGCAGAAAAAUGACACUGGUUUAUAUGUCUGUAGAGGGAGUGUUCUAGAAAAUUACGAGCCCAAUUGUGUGUCGAGCCAAGGCACCAUAUUGGUGGUGAAAGAAAUGGAGCAGGCAGAGUGCCAUGUGGCUUCCUGGAUGCCUUAUGUCCUAUCCUUCAUGAUUUUGAUCUCGGUUUCUGCGCUAGGAUACCUCAUUCUGUCUCACAUGGAUAUCAAGAAACACUGCCAAGAAGGAAAGGAAAAGCAAGCAAAUACGGUGUACGAAGACAUGUCCUACACCCUUAGGCUCAACACCCUGGCCACAUGCAACCCUUAUAACAAUUGUUAA